UUUUCACCAGGUGGAGGCAAUAACGGUUUCCAGAAUCUGUGCGCAGGCGCAGUGGCACAUCACACAACCGCAAUAAGCAAAUAUGGCGGCGGCCGUCGACAGUGUUGUUAAAGUGCUUGGAGAGCAGUAUUACAGAGAUGCCAUGGAGCAGUGUCAUAAUUAUAAUGCUCGUCUGUGUGCCGAGCGCAGCAUCCUUAUGCCUUUCCUGGACUCUCAGACUGGUGUAGCCCAGUCAAACUGUUACAUCUGGAUGGAGAAGAGACACCGAAGUGCAGGCGUAGCUCCAGGGCAGCUCUACACCUACCCAGCCCGUCGCUGGAGAAAGAAACGGCGUUCUCAUCCCCCUGAGGAUCCCCGUCUGGCCUUUCCCCCAAUCAAACCAGCAGACUUGGAGCUGGGUCUGAAGCGCGAUGCCUUGGGAGCAGUGGAUGGCAGCAGUUUGGAGGCCCUGCUGAAAGGAGAGCCUCUUGAAAGGAGGAGCGGUGUGGCAGAUGUUCGAGGCCCUGAGGAUGAUCCGGCUACCGUGGAGCCUCCUGUGACAUCAACGACCACCACAUCCUCUGGGCGCAUCCGUAAGAGAGUGCUGGACCAUGAUGACUACCUGGAUGAUCUGGAUGACGAAGACUUUGAGGAUGAGACCCCCAAGAGGCGAGGGAAGAGCAAGUCCAAGGGCCGCAGCGACAAGAAUGGCAAGAAGAAAACGGAGGCCGCAGCUGCAGCGCUGGAGGAAAGGGAUAAACCUUACGCCUGCGACAUUUGUGGGAAGCGCUACAAGAACCGUCCUGGCCUGAGCUACCACUAUACACACUCUCACCUGGCAGAGGAGGAGGGCGAGGACCGCGAGGAGAUCGAGGCACCACCCACUCCUCGCCAGCCUGAGGAGCAGAAGACUACUAAGAAGGGUCCCAAUGGGCUGGCACUGCCCAAUGAUUACUGUGACUUCUGUCUGGGAGAUUCCACCCUAAACCAGAAGACCGGCCAAUCAGAAGAGUUGGUAUCCUGUUCAGACUGCGGUCGCUCAGGCCACCCAACGUGCCUGCAGUUCACACCAGUGAUGAUGGCUGCGGUGAAGACCUAUCGCUGGCAGUGCAUCGAGUGCAAAUGCUGCAAUGUUUGUGGCACCUCCGAGAAUGAUGACCAGCUGCUGUUCUGUGAUGACUGUGAUCGAGGCUACCACAUGUACUGUCUAACUCCACCCAUGACUGAACCACCAGAGGGGAGCUGGAGCUGCCACCUGUGCCUGGCUCUGCUGAAGGACAAAGCCUCCAUAUACCAGCAAAACCAGAGCUCCGCCCCUGAGUGACAACACAGUGGUGGACUCCACCCCCUUCAGGCACCAGGAUCCCACCCCGAAUUGAAACGUCAGACCUCCUCUCAGUCCGGAGCUCGAGGCUCGGUCCUGAUGUAGCUGAGCCGGAUUGCAGAUCAGCUUUAGAAGUCUUUCAUAUCUUCAGCGGCCAAAGGGGGAGGGGGGAACAGAGCCAAAACAGACCUCAGAUCAGCAACCACGGGGAUCAAACCGUCACUACCAACCUGCCUGCAGAGUCCCCGAGGGCUGCCGUCAAACAGCAUGGACACACACUUUCUCCUGGACUGUUACACACCAGAUACCAGAGACACAGCGCAUACAGUAACCAUAGUAGCUGCUGUCUCCAUGGGAGCUCCUAGGAGAAAACGGAUUAGCACCACAGCUAACAACCUGCACCCCUCACACUCAAAGACACAGUGUGCAGUGUCGACCCACCACAGUUCUUCUUCUGCUGAAUGAUCUGUUUUUAUUCCCCGAAAGGAGCAAAAGGAAAAUGUCACAACAUACAGUAAACGGUUGAGUAUUCUUCUUCUUCUUCUUCUUCUUCUUCUUCUUAUUGUUAUUAUUAUCAUUAUUGUUAUUGUUCUGGUUACUAGUGGGCUUUUGUAGUGGCAUGUGUGCUUUUGUCUGAUCCAUCGGAGUAUUUAUCCUUUGAGGAAGUUUCCAGAGAGGGACCCGGUCAGUGCCAAGGUCCGCCAUCACACGACAGCAGCUCAUCACUCGCUCAUUUGAGUCUGCACAAAAGUUUUUGUAUUUGCUACCUUUCACCUCCACUCCAUUACUUCAACCAAACACUACAUAAAGACCAUAUGCUGUAGGCUGAGCUCAUCAAACAAAAGCCUUUCCCCCCCUUUUUUUUUCAUCUUUCUCCAUCAGACAGAAAACCUGAUUUUGCCGGGACGUCAGAAACAUGAAACUAAUUAGGAUAAAGUAGCAUCCUGUUCUCACAGCUGUUAUUUUGCUUGCUUUGUAAACUUCAUCUAGCAGUGACAUCAUCCUUUCACACUCCAUUUCUGUUGAUUCAGUGGCACACACUCAUUCACAAACUGUAGCUGCUUUCAUCAUUUGUCACACUGAGGCAGAUUUGCAUGCAAAUUGCACCCGUAUGAACGCACACACACUCUCUCAUGUCACACUCUUUAUUUUUUUUGUUGUUGUUGACAUUGUAUUGUUUGUAUUUUAUUUUAUUUUUUCAUUUUGUAUUAUCUGAUAUUCCAUUGGUAUUGGGAGUUUUCUAGUAGAAUUUUGUAAACUCUACAGCAUAGCAAACACUUCAAUAUCUAGCUCCUAAUGCAUUCUCUGUACUGUAUUUGCCUUUUUCUAUUUUUUUUAUGACUGUGACAUGUUUGGAUUUAUUUGAUUAUUCUGAUAUGUCAAACCUCCAUUAUGAGUAUUUGUAUAAUGAUGUACUUUGUUGUACUAUUUUUAUUUUUACAUUUCUUUGGUAUUGAAGCCAAUUUAGCCUGAAUGAAAAAUAUCACCUUUAAUAAUG